AGUGUUUUUCCAUUGAGUGUAUUUGGAUAUUUGAUGUUAAUGCCGAGUGAACGGGAGGAAAAUGCCACUUUAGCUCAAAACAGGUUUGGCUUGCAAGUGGUUUAGACGUGAAAAUUGAAUUUGUGCUCGUUGAAUAAAUUGUGUGUGGUAAAACUAUCCAAUUUAGCAAACGAAAAAAAGAAGAAAAGAAACAAAAGAGGAAAAACGAAAUCUAUUUUGUCGUAUCGAAUUACGUCAUUUCGGGCAACUAAUUGUUUGCGAAGCUGAUAAAAUCAACAUUCAGAAAGUGUUAAAUCGCUCGUGAAACGUGUAUUCUGCUGAGAACAGUGCUAAAAUUGUGCACACUACAUCUUCUGACUCUUCAACCAUACAGCAAACCAUUCAGACGCCCAUUAUCACAUUUAAUAUGGCUGAGUCGAAGCGAGUGCACAUUGAAAAAGCACAGAAUUUUAUGCGACAAUAUCGUGAUCCGGAAUCCCGUGAAUUAAAGAAACUAUCAGCAAACCAGUUUAUGGAUGUUUGGAGUCAUUACGAUCGGGAUGGGAACGGAUACAUUGAAGGAACUGAACUUGAUGGGUUUUUAAGAGAAUUUGUUGCCAGUGCCAAUGCAACGGAUAUUAGCCCAGAGGAUCUCUCGGAACACACAUUGGUAGAGUUGAAGUCAUGCUUCAUGGAAGCGUACGACGACAAUCAGGAUGGCAAAAUCGAUAUUCGAGAGUUGGCGCAACUUCUACCGAUGGAGGAAAACUUUUUGCUGCUCUUUAGAUUCGACAAUCCACUCGAAUCAAGUGUUGAAUUCAUGAAGAUUUGGCGCGAAUACGACAGCGAUAACAGUGGAUACAUUGAAGCCGACGAAUUGAAAAAUUUUCUACGCGAUUUAUUACGUGAGGCGAAGAAAAUCAAUGAUGUUUCUGAGGAUAAACUAAUCGAAUACACCGACACGAUGCUUCAAGUCUUUGACUCGAACAAGGAUGGACGGCUACAAUUAUCGGAAAUGGCAAAAUUGCUUCCGGUCAAGGAAAACUUUUUGUGUCGUCAAAUUUUUAAGGAAGGCAUUGAGACUGGAGCUGCGAAGCUUACCAAAGAUGACAUCGAAAAAGUGUUUUCAUUGUACGAUCGGGACAAUAACGGUACAAUUGAAAAUGAAGAGCUGCGUGGUUUCUUGAAAGAUCUUUUAGAAUUAGUUAAAAAAGACUAUGACGCACAGGAUCUUAUCGAUUUCGAAGACACAAUAAUGCGUGGUGUGGGCUACGACAAGGAUGGCAAAGUGGCGCGCAAAGAAUUGACAAUGAUUCUGUUGGCAUUGGCCAAAUUGCCACCAGAUGAUGACCAGUAAAUUCUUUCGCUCUCGCGCGCACACACAGAGACAUAAAAUUUAUCAUUGCCGUGGCAAUCAUCAUUCGCAUACACAAUGAAUUUGUUUAUGAAUAAUUUAAAAAAAAAACUUAAUUUGUUUAAAAUUAAAAUCCAAUUGCUUUAGUUGAAUCAAUAAAUUUUUUUUAAAUAUUUAAAUUAACAACAACAAUAUUAUGGUAAGUGUGAAUGUAAAGAAAUGUAAUUUUUAAAAACACAUCGAUAUAAAUUCUUAAAAAAAUAUUUUUGUACACAUCUGAAUAUAAAGUUUAUGAUAUUUUUAGAUAGUGAGUGUGAUCCUCGUAGUUACUUACUAUAUUUUCUUGUUCCGUUUCUUUCCGUUUUCAAAUGUAUCUCUAAUUCCUGUUCAAAAACAAAAAUUUUAUCGAUUCAAAUUCUACAAAUUAAAAAAAAAAUGUUUAGUGAAUUAAAAUUAGAGGAAAUUUUAAAUAAUUAGAAACGAAGAUAACUAUAAAAUGACUCUAUUCAUUGCCAAAAAAAAUUAUUUAACGAAAAUAAAUAUCACAACUAAAAUUCUCCAAUUCAAAUAUUAAAAGAAUAAAAAAUCUUAUGGGUCGAUAGUCCACAUAUGCAUACCACAGUCUCAUCAGGCCGAACGAUUUAAGACCUAUGUCAGACAGUUACACUUCCUAAUACGAAAGACGUUAGCACUCCUAGGCCUAAUUUUGGAAUUAAAUUCUUUAAAAAAAUCUGAAAUUUCUGGAAGUUGUAGGAAAUUUUGUAAGAUUUUAUGUGAAUUUUGAAGAAUUUUUUGUGGAUUUUUUUUUAAAUAUCCAAAAGUAGGUCACAGUACUUCUUAUUUGAGCACCAAGGGGGCGCAACGUUAGUCUGUCUAAACAUUUAUCUCAUCGUAGAUAAGUCAAUUUAGUAUAUAGUGUGAUGGUUGAAUUAAUGUUAAUUAAAGAAUGGAAUCAUGAACGUAGCAGAUAGCGGAGUUCGUGACGCCAGUUCCUCCAACAUAAUGAAAAACUACUAAAAUUUUCCAUAUUGAUCAAUAUCCAAAGAACUAUGGACAAAUAAAACUUGGCUUCAAAACCGAGUUCAAAGAGCUAGUUGACCUGUUACAGACAGCUGUCAUCUGUUAUCGACAAAGACAGCAAGAAUAAACGACAAUCUCUGACUGAUGAGGUCUUAUAUAGCAAAAAUCAUGUUCAAAACAAAUGAAGUAAAAGAUUUCUGAAACCAAUCUCUAUAAAUCUCCGAUCAAAUGAAUGAAUAGUAAAACUGUUAAUAUGCUUGUCGUGACAAAUUAACUGUUAUCAGAAAUGUUUUCCGAACACUGUUUACUUUUUCGAACUGAGAGACGAUUGCAAUGUAUUUUCCAAUUAUUUAAAUUUUAUUUUUAAAUCCACCUGGUGGAUUCCACCACAUCUCAAGCACGCUUUGGCUACAGUUGCAAAGGGAUGACAAACGUUCAAACUUUCCAUAUAUUCUUGCGUAUAUUCAGCGAAUCAUCAGUGGAAUGGAAAUAGGAUUGUUAAACCACUCCUGAACCUAUAACUUAGGAAAUUUUAAAAUUUAAGUCGACUCGUCUCGCACGACGGGCUCAAUAAAUUAAUAGUGAUUUAUCUACCAAGUGUGGUAUAAAGAGAUAUGUUAUCGCAUACUAGAUAACAGAGUGUAAAUUCGAGGCGAAGCCGAGCCUUUCCAAUGCAAAACAUUACCUUUCAUACCAUGACCACUUAAAUUUCAACUUAACGGAUAAUCUGAAUUCUGAGCAAGUUUCAGCACACUAUUCGAAAAAUUAAAAAUUGAAAUUGGCGUCUCUGAAACUGACUGAGAUAGGCACUAGGUAUUAAGUAGGUAUUUACGCCCCUAACGCUAACAAACAACUGUGCCAGAACAUACAUCUUUCGUCUUAUAGAUAGUGUAACAGUUUGUAAUGGGUUUGAAACCGUGACCUUUGGAGGGACUGACAUACACAUGUGAACUAUCGAGCUAUAUUAACGAAAUUUCGUUGUUCAAAACAUAAUAAUCUUAAACUAAAAAUGCACAAAACUAAAAAAAAAUGUUCUCAAAUAAAAAACCAAAAAUAAAAAUGUUGUUGAAAAUAUAAUGUUUGCCAAAUAUCUAUGCACAAGUUGUUUUUUAUGUUGUGUUUCUUUUUAGAAUACUGAAAAAAAAAAUAUGGCUUCAUCCAACCAUUAUACUCACUCAAGAACCGAAAUAACAAACAAAAUAAUUUUAUUUGAAAUUAAAAUUGAACUUUUCUUGUUGUAUUGCUGUUGAACAUAUAAAUACAAUUCAAUUCCAAUUAUGCAAUGAAUUUUUAAUUAAACUGUGUGUAUAGGUCACAUUUAUUGAGUUGUUGUGUAUGUUUUGUUUGUGAGAGAAAAGCAUUCGUUUAGCUACAUAUACCAGUUUCCAGUUAAACAUUUUCUUUUCUUGUUUCAUCGGAAUUAUCGUUAGGCAUUCAUCAUUUGUGUAUUAAAUUGGG